GUCUUCUAUCACCACCGUUUCUCUAGGAUUUGAUUGCAAAAAAUAGAUAUUUUUGUUUCAACAAAAUGCCCAUCUAGAGAUGUUCAAACCCAGAUUGAAUUCCUCAUGUAAACUUUUAUAUUCAUAUUUUUUAUAUUUUAAAUUUUGUUUUGUAGUUCAUUUUUUGCAGGUUUUUCUAGUAAAUUCAAGAAAACCCUAAUAUUUUUGUCAUUUUUUUUUUUGUUGUUUGCGGACUUUGAUGUAUCUUUAAAGGUCUAAAGACUAUGUAAGGAAGAUUCUUUCAAGCUAAAGGACAUAUGAUCAUUGUUUCUUUGCUUGUACUGAGUGGAGACAAUGAUUCUAACAAAGCAGUAUCGUUGCAUACACUCAUCUAGUUGUCAAUGCACAAAAGGUCAUCUAAGUGAAGAUGUGAUGUUCCUAGUGUUUCAACAUCUGAACUGGAAUCCUAAGUUGAUUGCCACUUUUUCAUGUGCAUGCAAAUGGUUCGAUGAUCUUGCCAAGAGAGUACUAUGGAAGGAGUUCUGCAAAACAAGGGCCCCAAAGAUGAUGCUUGAUCUGCAAUCUAGUGGAAGUCACAGUGUUGAUGGGAACUGGAGAGCACUUGGAAAGCUGCUUAUUUAUUGUUCAGGAAGUAGCAGUGGUCGCUUGUUCAAUAAUAUUCAAAUCCCUGGCCAUUUUGUUUACAGAACCAGGUUCUCUAGGACCUCAGGCAAGAGUUUCCUUUUACCACAGUGCAGGACAGAUAUUCUAUAUGUGUCUGACCCUUGUGAACAUCUUGACCAAGGGGAUGAGGGCGAUGUGGGAUUUUUCCGAGGAGUUUUCAAGUCCUUCUUUGUUUCAAAGGUUCGGAAGUUGUUGAUUGACAGGGGUGCCAAGCUUCAUCCAACAGCUGUGUGCCCUUAUUGUAAGGCAAAGUUGUGGGACAUGCUGCAAGCUAAAAUGAUACCACAAAGUGCAAGCUGUAGGUUGGGUGCUUAUGAGGAUUGCGUUGAGUAUUAUGUGUGUCUUAAUGGACAUAUGCUUGGCAUGUGCACCCUUUUACCCUUGUCUGAUUCUGAAGAGGCAUCUGAACCAGAGUGAUAGUUUGAAUGCGAACCAGUUGGUUUAUCAUCUCAUGUGUGGAUUGAUCUUCUGGUGGAUCAGAUAUAGAUAGGGUGGAGACAAGAUGGGGUAUUCCAACUUUGUUUCUCAGGACCUGAAAUCAACCAUCAUAACUUGGCCUCUAUUCAGAGGUGUUUUGCUGCUUGUCUAGCCCUCACCAAGUGUUUUCUACAAGGGCUAGAAUCUAGUGCUAACCAUUUGCUAUUCAAUUAUCCAUUGGUUAACAGUGGUCACUGUGAACAUGUAAAUACCUACAUACCAUGUAUGUUGUACAUUUAUGUAUUGCUCGUGUUUGAAUA